ACAGCAACAGCAGCAGCAGCAGCAGCAGUCAUAGUAGUAGCAGCCAGCAGCAUGCCCGGCAGGAGCUGGAAAAAGACUGCUGCAGCUCUCUACAGCCUCCUCUCUGGUUAUUAACCUGUCGCAUGUGGGAUACGCGAAGAAACGCGGAUAUCUGAUUUUUGGGGGAAUUACACGAGCGGCAAUACACCUGUGCUGCUGUUUUUGGUGUAUUUUUUGGAGAGCUUUUGUGUUGCCAGGGAAGAGAAAGUCCGAGCAGCCAUGACACUUCACGCUGUUUCUUCUGGAUCAGUGAACAUCCACUUCUGACCAUAUCUUGAUUUAGAAGUCCAAAGAUGUCAGCGUGCAGUGACUUUGCAGAACACGUGUGGAAACCCGGCUCUUGUAAGAACUGCUUCCACCCGCUCAGUGCGCACCGCAAGGCUGUCGGCAGCUUGGGUGGCAGUGUGCCAGCCGCUUGUUUGAAGAGCAGCCUGGGAAGUGAUGAAGAAGCUGGAGUGACUUUGCCUUCCCCAUACAGCAAGCCAACCAUCGCUGUCAAACCCACUAUGAUGAGCCUCGACACCAAUGAGUCGAUAACAGAUGUCAACAUGAACAUCGAGCAGGAGAACACAAAGAGCCCAGUUGAGCGGUUAGGCCUGAAGAAGCUCUUGGACUUAUCAUCUCUUUACAUUGACAGCAAUGGCUGCAAUAAGGCUCACAGAGAUGCUGUUAUCAAGAGCCCUGAGAAGAAGAAGGACUUCAACAAUUGCUUUUCUUUGGCUUCUUUAUCCCCUACCAUCCUGCCCAAAGACUCUAUGAUCAUCAGCAACAUCUUCGUCACUCAGGAGGAGGGUAGAAGUUCUCAGAGUUUGAAGAAGAAUGCCAAUGGAGACAAUUGUAGGCAGCAGACCACAGCUAAACCCAAGAGCACUUACAAUGGAAUUUCUGCCAAGACAAAUCAUCAGGAGUCCAAUCAGACAUCUGUGGAGAUACCUUUUCCUGCGGAUAUCGUCCCUUCCAAUCCUGCCAUAGUUCACGUUAAUGGUAUCAGUGGUGGGAGUACUACUACUGUUACAACUAAGACUUCCAGCACUUCCUCAAUCACUGCCUUAAGCGUGGACACCACCAGUAACAAUCCUCCACCAUCCCUCCAGUCUCCUCCUGUCCUGUCUCAACAGACAAGCCUAUCCGAUUCAACUUGUUCUUAUCGAAGUAGUACAGAUUCACUUCCGGGUGGAGAGGGAUCAGGAGGUAAACUAGUUCGGACAGGAAGCCCCAGAAGCCCAUCAGCCACAGGGAGCUUAGAGUCAGCCCCAAGUUCUCCUGAGGGUAAGCCAAACUCAGAACCCAUUUAUGCAGAAAGCACCAAGAAAAAGCGCAGGCCGCAAGGAAAUGAGGGGCAAUCCAAUGGGGUACAAUCCAAUCCAGAGUCUCCCAACCACACUAAGACCUCACCGAAGGGUUCUGAGCCUACAGGGGAAACUCAAAGGGCCACCAUUACUGUAAUGGCCACUCACACAGAGGAGAACAAUAGGACUUUCUACCUGAGCAGUCCAGAUUCAGCCGUCAGUACCCAGUGCAACUUCAGCCCCACAGCACGCAGAGACCCCAGCAGCCCUGCCUUCAAAUGGCCCAGUCCCAGCCACAGUGCACCUUCUUUGACCACAGAAGCUACCCCAACUCUCCAACCCAAGUCCCAGUCCAGCCCACCAAUUCCUCCAAAAAGAACGAGCCGUUCCCCCAAGCUGGGCACCUCCAGCCUUUCACCGUCCAUAUCCUCCCCUGUUCCUCUCCCAGAACUCCCCAGACUUGGAACCUCCAGUCUCUCUGCUUCCAUCUCCUCGCCAGUUCCCCUCCCUGAGCUCCCCAUGCUUUUCCUUGUCACUGCGACCAGAGAGGGCCACUUCAAAGUCAACACCGAAAGCCCCAGCACUGUUGCAUCCGAACGCUGGCACAAGCAGCACCACCACAACUCUGGCUGGAACUGUCGAAUCGAAGAGGAAGAAGAGGAGGAGGAAAGAGAGCGGAAAGAAGGGGACAAGAAGAAGCCGGCUGCCAACUCUGAGACAACCUCUCGGGUGACGGGCCUAGUCAAUGGUGCCGCUGUCUGGAAGGAGGCCAAGGACUGGAAGGCCCACAGCAGCCCCCCUCCGAUGACAGAGCCAGGCACGGCCCCCCCGACUGUCCCCAACAAUGGUGCCUGUCAGGGGGAGACUGCAGUCACCGGUGCAGAGGAGGAGUGCAAGCAUAACGGGAGCAUGCCGGCCAGGCAACCGUUGCAUGGUGGCUCAUCAGAGCUGCUGGCAGCAGGAAAGGGACCUGCCAACAAUGAACCCAAUCCACCACCUCCCCCACCUAAGAAGCUGCAUAGAGGGUGUGGCAUGAUGAGCGGCAGCAACAUGGAGCUGGAUCGCUGCAGUCAGCAAGGGUCAGUGGAGAGUCCGACUUCAUCUCUACGGGGGCUGGGAAGUGCCAGUUUGCCCACUGCCUCCUCUGACAACCUGUCUGCAGACGCUGGAUCCCGGGAUGCUUCUCGGAUGUCUUGCUCCUCUCCAUUCCCCAGGAGCCCAGCUGCCUCAGCUCCUGCGUCUCCUCACCCGCCUUCCUCCAACAGCUUAAGCGUCCAACCACCUCCACUCCCGGAGAAGAAGUUGGUCAAUCGCACCUCGUCUGCUCCAGACAGUACAAACGGAAAACCCUUCGUCCGAGCCUACCCACGUCUCCCGUUCACUGGCUCUGAGAGCAACGUGUGCCGACCUGCCGAUGGCAGCUCCCGGUCCAGUUUACCAUCCAGCCCUGUUGAUCCCCGUCCUAUAUUCUCUUCCAAUGAGUCUCUGGAGCGGUGCCAUGCUGUGCAAGGCCGAUCCUCCAGGUCCCGUACUCUGGAUGAGCCUCUGAAGACUCAUGGGCGUCUGGGCGUCCACUGUCGUAGUAGCAUCACUUGCUCCUCUUCUCCGCAGCUCAGUGCGCCAUUUCCAGCCUCAGAACCAGGUCUAGCACCAAAUCUGGGCUCCAGCCUGCAGCUUCAGACUCUUCUGAGUAACAUAGACAGUAGAGAGGGGGUGUACUCCAAACUGGGAGGCCUGUACGCCGAGUCCCUGCGGCGAUUGGCGUUAAAAUGUGAGGACCACUUCACUCGAUCGCAGAAGAAUCCACUGAGGUUCGAGGAGAGUAACUGGUCUCUGUUCAGGCUCACCUCUAACAAGCCCAGCUGUAACUCUGGAGAUGCUGUUUACUACUCUGCUGCCUGCGCUUCAGACCCCAGCAACUCCUACGCUGUCAAGAUCUGUAAGAGCCCGUCCAUGGAGGCCAAACAGAGCCACCUCUACAGCCUGUCGGUGCAGCAGAGCAUGCCGCCUCACUUCAACCUGCAGCAGGACUGCGGCCACUUCCUCGCUUGUGUCCCCCAGAGCAUGCUGCCAACUGAAGAAGUCUCCAAUGCGCCGGCUUCGUCGCUGCCUCAGCCUCCUACGCCUGCAUCCGGACACCAGGCAGACAGAGAGCGGGUGGUGGUCAUCACAUCAGAGAUCCCUCAACAGACGGCGGCUGACUUUGUCAAGGAGUGGCAGGCGUUUCACAAAACCCAGCCGGAGGUGUACGAACGCCGCGUUUGCUUCCUUCUCCUGCAGCUCUGCAACGGUCUGGAGCACCUGAAGGAACACGGAGUCACACAUCGAGACCUUUGCUUAGAGAACCUUUUGUUGGUGCCCCAUCAGCGAAAGCCGUCCCAGUUCCCCCAACAAACCACUGACAGUAGCACCAGUAAUGGAUCCAGCAGUGCAGAUAACCAGCGUCACCUUCCCCGGCUCCUCAUCAGCAACUUCGCUAAAGCUAAACGCCGCUCCGCAGAGGAUGCUGCAGCAACCACCGUGGAUCCUCGUAUCAAACGUGACCACGCAAGACUGGCACCUGAGAUCGUCUCGGCAGCCCAGUACCGCAAAUUUGACGAAUUCCAGACUGGAAUCUUGAUCUACGAGCUUCUCCACCAGCCAAAUCCAUUUGAGGUCAGACCAGCUCUAAGGGAACAAGACUACCGCUGCGAGGAUUUACCGCCAAUUCCUUCUGUGUCCCUUUAUUCAGCCGGACUCCAGAGGCUCGCCCAGCUGCUGCUCCAACCUGACCCCAUCAAACGCAUCCACAUCCAGGAGGCCAAGCGCAUCCUGCAGAGCCUGCUGUGGGGCCCCAGGAAGGACCUGAUGGAGCAGCAGUGGGAGAGACACGGACACGGGGGAGGAGGCUUUGCCGGCGGAGCCCGACACGAGGGGCUGCUCAACUGGCUGGACGUGAAACGGGCGUUGCUGAUGAUGAAGUUCGCCGAGCGUUCGCUGGAGCCGGAGAGGAACGCAGAGCUGGAGGACUGGUUGUGUUGUCAGUACUUUUCCACGGCUCACCCUCUGUCACUCUGCCACACGGCUGAACUGCUCUACUCGCUGAAGUGACCACCAAACGUGUGAGCGAAGCCGAGGAUGUGUAGUUGUAUGUAGAAAAUCAAUACCUAGACAUGAGGGAUGGAGAUACUGUGAACCUACCUGCAGCAUGCAUGAGAGCCUAGCAUCAAGCUAGCCAUCCACUAUCAGUGUCCUUCCACAGACUGUCAAGCUUACGUCAUAGUGAUCUGUGAAAAUUCAGCUGUUUUUAGACGUCAUGGACAAAAUCACUAAAAUGUUCACUUACAGACUACUGAUACUGCAGUUCAAAAAAGGAAACCAUGGACAGUAUUCAUAAUUCUUUAACACAAUUACCAAAGUUUCAUGUCUGACAGUGUAUUGUGUGUAUUUAUUAAAUAACAGUUAAGGCAUUUACCCACUCAGAACAGGCUAAAAAGAAGCAUAACCUCAUUCUGUGACAGCUAAAGUAACGCUGUGUUGUAUUCAAAUGUGCAGCUAACUUUUAUUUUGUCUGAUAUGUUAUUAGAAAUACAAAGUCACUCAUAGGCUCUCACUAUUUCACCUUUUCUCUCUUGUUUUUUCACAGAGAAAUGCUGUAAACAGUUAACAACACAAUUCAAAUCUACAGAACGAUUAAGAAAGCAGCAAGCAGCUACCAGUGCUCUAGAUAGAAAGAACAGUAAAGGCUUCCUUAUUCCAGGAAGUGUCCGAACUUUUCUGACCAGUUUUCAAGUUUUUUUCUGAACAUUUUUGACAAAUGUUUUUUCUUUUUUGUUGCUGGAGAAAGAUUUCAGAACUUACUAGAAGUUUCUGAAUAUUUUCAGGCAAAGUAAAAAAAAAACAAAAUUUAAAAUAAGUGUCAGGAAUGCUGACAAAAUGUAAUGACAAAUUUUUCAUUGAAUUUCAGAAAAUGUAAGAUGAGGGUUUUUUUAAUCCAGUGUAAGUUUAAAAGAACUUUUGAUUAAGUGCACAACUAUUUCCAGUACUUUCAGAACAAUUUGGACAACAUUUUUGACAAAAGUUUCAGAAAUUUUCUUUUGAAAGUUCCAAAUCAUUUGACAACAGUUUUGAGUUUUUAAAGCUUUUGGACUAAAUUCAGAAAAAAAAUCAGAUUUUUUGAAAAUCAGAAAAUGAAAGUUUCCAGUAAUUUCCGAUAAAGGUUUUGGCAAAGGUUUCUGAAAAUUAUGGAAGAAUGUUUUUUAUUUAACUCUUAAGCAAGUUUUGAGGAUCUUUUGAUGAGUUUGCUGCAACAGAAAUGAUUUGACUAAGUUUUCAAAACUUUUUUACAAAAGUUUCAGAAAUUUAAAAGAUUUGAAAAUAUUCAAGAAAAGAUUCCAAAUUUGUUAGAUAAAGUUUCCAACAGUUUGGGAUCAAAUUUAGAAAAAAAUGAUAGAAUUCCCGCUUUUAUUUAUUUUUUCCUCAGAAAGUUUCCCAUCAUUUCUUAUGCGUUUUGAAUAUCUUUUCAUAAAAGUUUGAUGUUCCUUCUAAAUCUUAAGAAAAGUUUUGAAAAAGUUUUUCAAAACUUUUUGACAAAAGUUUCAGAAAUUUUCAAAUGAAAGAUUUCACCAAAAAAAUCAACACAAGUUUCUGAAUUUUUUUAAUAACAGGUAUCAGAGUCUUACCAAUUUUUUGAAAAUAUCUGAUAAAAUCUUUCAAAAGUUCAACAUAAGUUUAAAGUUUCUGAAAUUUCAGAGGGCUCUUUCAUACUGUUUGAAAAACAGUUGAUAAAAGUUAACAGAAAUAUACAAAACUGUAGUUGUGGAAAAUUUCAUCAUUCUUUUUUUAAAAAGCAGAUGAAAAUUUUUCUAAACUUUUGUCAAAAGUUUUAGAAAGUUGCAAAUGAAAGUUUUGAAUAUUUUCAGUGGAAGUCUCAAUUUUUUUUCUGAAAAGAUAACAGAAUCUCUUGCCAUAGUUUUCUGAAAACGUCUGAUGAAAUUUUUGCAGCAAUAUUCCUGAAGGUUUCUCAAGACUUCUGAAUUAAGUUUUGAACAUUUUGACAAAAGUUUCUGUAAUUUUAAAAAACUGAUGAUAAUUUCCAAAACAUCAGUUGAGGAGAGUUUUCAUCAAAAAAGAUUGUUUUAAGGGUUUUUGUUUGUUUGUUUUUUCUUUUUCUUUUUAACUUUUGCCAAAAUUUGCAAAAAUGUACUAAAGCCAUUCUGAAGAUAAUCAGUGGAAGUUUCUGGAUUUUUUUUAAAUAUUCCAAAACCUUCUCCCCCAAGUUUCUGAAAAUUUCUGAUGAAAAUUUUUAUUUCCCUAAAAGUUUCUCAAACCUUUAGAUGACAGUUUUGAAAAUUUUGACAAAAGUUUCUGAAAUGUUAGAGGAUGUAGUUUUCAUCCUCAACACCAUCACACUUCUUAAAAAAUUGUUGAAAAAUUUCCAAAAGAGUAUAGUUGAGAAAAUUUUCAACAAGACUUUUAACAAGGGCCAGUGCAAGCUUUUCAAAACUUUUGACAAAAGUUUUAGAAGUUUACUAAUGAAUGUUUUGAACAUAUUCAGUGAUGUUCCUGUAUUUUUUGUAAGUUUCCAAAAUCUUUUCCCAAAGUUAAGUUUCCUAAAGUUUUCCCAAAACUGUAGAGGAAAGUUUUGAAAACUUUGGCAAAGGUUUCUGAAAUUAUAGAGGAUUUAUUUUUUAUUCUAAGGUUUCUCAUCCCAAAUUGACAAAUUGUUAAGAAAAUAUAGUUGUGAACAUUUUCAACAGUUUUUUUGGCCAGUAAACGUUUGUCAAAACUUUAACAAAAGUUUCAGAAAUUUACGAGUGAAAAUUCUGAAAAUAUUCAGACAUUUUCUAUGAAAGCUUGAAAAAAAAUUAUUGCAUGUGCAAAAGCUUCUUAACAAGAGAUUUUUAAAAAUCUGAUUAAAUUUCCCCAAUUUUUUUUUACAGAUUUUAUGAGAACUUUUGAGGAAGUGUCUUACUGAAAGGUUAGUUUGAUGAUCUUGCAAUCUCACACAGCUCAGCAGUAAUGGGAUCUAGCAAACAUUUGACAACAGCUGUGAUUAAUUCCACUGAAUAGACGCUCAUCUUAGUCCUUGUGCUUUCUUUGACUCCAUUUUUGUCAUGUUUUGACAUUUGUCAUAGUGCCUUUUGUUCUCGUGUGCAUACCGAUGUGUUACAGUGACUCCGAAGCCAAAUGUAAAUAUAUAACUGAUCAUUCGUCCUUUGUGAAACUGGCCUUUCACAGAAUGUUCUGGAAACAGUUUUGUACAGUGAUUUGUAGAUGAUAAAAGAAAAAUGAGCCCAAGCAGGUCUUAUAAAGCCAUGAAAAUGAGUAGUGGUUAAAAUAUUUAUGAUAUAAUUUGUUAUCCUGUAGUAGUCACUGGAUUUCCUUCUCUUUAUUUCCAUAUUAUGGAGUUCUGUGUUGUUUUGGCACAGCUGCAGCUGGGCCUGUUUGAAUUUUGCCUCCUGUGUCGGCUGCAGAGUAAACUUUAUAGUAUGGGUUUUUUACCCAAAAUAAAUUCUUAAUAAAGCCCUCUGUAGCAGGAAUGACCAGCAUGUAUGCAGGUUUCUGUCCAUGACUGACUGUUGUGUCUAAUAUUGAAGAGAAAAGGAAAAAAAAACAUGAUCAGACUCACAGCUAAUACAUUGAUUUGAUUUAUUUUGUGUGCCUCACCUAUUUGCAUCUAUCAAUAAACUGUGCAUAUAUUUUCUCACAGUA